UGCAUUACAAAACCAUUACAAGAAGCAAUUUCUAUGUCUUUAUAAAUUUCCAAACAUAAAAAAAAAAAACCAAACAAACAAACACAAUGUCUAACACCGGCGUCGCGGCGGAGGAGCUUGGAAAGACAGCCGUAAAAUCCUCCUCUGGUGGAUGGAGAUCUGCUAGGCUCAUCAUCUGUGUAGAAAUGGCUGAGCGAUUCGCAUACUAUGGUAUAGCGACUAACCUGAUAACGUACUUGACGGGGCCAUUAGGAGAGUCAACAGCUUCAGCUGCGGCUAAUGUCAACGCUUGGAGUGGAACGGUCUCGUUUCUGCCGCUUAUCUGGGCCUUUGUAGCUGAUGCGUUUCUCGGUCGUUUCCGUACUAUCAUCAUCUCAUCUUCUCUAUAUGUCAUGGGACUUGGGUUGCUGACGUUUUCAACCAUGAUUCAUUCCCAAGAGCUCCAAGUGACUCUCUUCUUCUGCUCUCUCUACCUUGUAGCCAUAGGACAAGGCGGUUACAAACCUUGUAUUAAGGUAUUUGGAGCUGAUCAAUUCGAUGGUAACGAUAUAAAAGAGGCGAAAGCCAAGAGUUCUUUCUUCGACUGGUUAAUGUUUGGAAACUGUAUUACCAUACUGACAUCUCAGUUGGUCUCUAGUUACAUCCAAGAGAACCUAAGCUGGUCACUAGGGUUCGGUAUUCCAAGUGUUUCCAUGCUACUUGCUCUGUUUUUGUUUCUCCUCGGAGCUACCUCUUACCGCGUAAUUACUGGAAGAGGAGGGAAGAAAAACCCUUUUGCUAGAAUCAGUCGUGUUUUCGUGGAGGCAUUGAAGAACAAAAAGCAAACUGAUGUAGAUAACCUGAAAGAGAACCUCCUUCUCCUACCUCACAAAGAUUCCAAGGAAUAUAGAUUCCUUGACAGGGCAGCGGUUUCAUGUGAUUUAGACGAGAUUGAAGAAGCAAAAGCGAUGCUUAGGCUUGUUCCCAUAUGGAUGACUUGCUUAGUCUUUGCCAUUGUAUAUGCACAAUCCUAUACUUUCUUCACAAAGCAAGGAGCCACAAUGAACAGGUCAAUCUCACAAGAACUCUUAGUCCCUGCAGCUUCACUCCAUGGUGUCACAAGCCUAACAAUAAUCGUGUUCAUCCCACUCUACGACCACCUACGCGUCCCAAUGGGUAAAUUAUUCACUCAUAACUCAUCAGGAAUCACAAUGCUUCAAAGGAUAGGCACAGGGAUUUUUCUGUCCAUUCUUGCUAUGGUAGUAGCCGCCUUGGUCGAGAUCAAAAGGCUCCAAGCCGCUAAAGAUGAUGUCACCGUACCAAUUAGCGUGUGGUGGUUGAUUCCACAGUACGUAUUCAUUGGACUCUCGGACGUGUUCACAAGGAUUGGUUUACAAGAGCUUUUCUAUGACCAAGUCCCUUGUGAGCUUAGGAGUCUUGGUAUGGCCUUAAACCUUAGCAUUUACGGUGUCGGCAACUUUCUAAGCAGCUUUAUGAUAUCAGUCAUUGAUAAGGUCACAAGCCAUUCUGGUCAAACGAGCUGGUUCGAUAAUGACUUGAACGAGGGUCAUCUAGAUUACUUUUACUGGCUUCUCGCUUGUCUCAGCUCCAUUGCUUUAGCCUUUUACUUGUGGUUCGCCAAGUCGUAUGUGUACAACAGACUAAAUACCUUCUAAAGCAUUGUCCUCUGAUCUGCCUAAUGUAUUGAGCUUCCUCCAUUUACAUAGUAGCAUGUUAUGAAUUGAAUAUUGUGAGGAAUUUUGUAAACGUACACUAAAUUAUUCUUGAUUUUUU